AUGUCUUUCCUUCACCCAUCUUCUACAGCUACAAGAAUUGAUCCUCCGUUCGUGCUCGCAUUCGAAGGAUUGACGGUGAAGUUCCCCGCCUCCACGACAUUCUCUGCGAUUUUGCGCUUACCAAAUUUGUUCUGGGUUCCUCUUUCGGCUCAUGAAUGUUUCGAUUCGGACAAAAUCCGUGAGGGGUGUGAAGAAGUGAACUAUACCAUGUCUGAUAGUAGGUGUGUUGAUGGCAUUGAAGAAGAUGGAUUUGACAUUAUUGAUCUUGAUGAAUUAUACAGAAGAAAUGUACGAUGUAUUGAGGGUGAAGGUUCAAUGGGGAGGGGUAUGGAGGUUGGAGAGACUAGUUUGCAUGUAGAUACAUUAUCUGAUAAUGUAGAUUUCCUGAAUAUGAGUAGUCAAGUUGAGUAUACACAUCCCGAGUACAAUGCUGAGGUUGAUAUGGAGAAUCUUGUCUUCAAGUUGGGGAUGUACUUUAACAAUGCUAAAGAGUUUAGAGAAGCAGCUAGGAAUCAUGCCAUAAAAAAUGGGAGACGGGUGAGGUUCACUAAGAAUACACCUAAGAAGUUAAGAGUAGUGUGUUCUGACGGUUGUGAUUGGCUCAUAUAUGCUUCCAAAGUGCAGAGGGAGCAUACUUUACAAGUUAAAACCUUUAACCCCGUGCAUACAUGUAAUAGAGCACUAUAUGUUCCUCAAGUAAGCUCUAAAUGGUUGGCAAACAAGUAUUGUGAUAGGUUGAGGAAUAAUCCAACAUGGCCGGGUGCUUCACUGAAGAAAGCAAUGGAGUCAGAGAAUGUUUUGAAGCUGUCCAAGACAAUGGUCUACAAAGCUAGGGCUAUAGCAAUGAGUAUGAUUAUAGGGAAUGAAGAUGAGCAAUUUCGGAUGCUUAGAAGUUAUUGCCAAGCACUUCUUGAUUCCAACCCAGGAUCCACCUGUGUAAUCAAGAGUGAGCAAUGUCAGGACCAAUUCAAGUUUAGAGGAGUCUACAUAUGUCUGGAUGCAUUGAGGAGGGGUUUUCUAGAAGGAUGUAGGCGCUUUGUAGGGUUUGAUGGUUGCCACUUGUCAUCUGGCUACAAGGGCAUACUUCUAGCGGCUGUUGGCAUAGAUGGAAAUGAUCAGAUGUAUCCAUUUGCAUGGGCACUCGUUGGACAAGAAACAUACAAGACAUGGCAUUGGUUUAUUAGUAUGAUUGCCGAAGAUUUGGGAAUUACAUGCACCCCGCAAAUUCAAAGUACUUGGGCCUUUUUGUGUGACAAGCAAAAGGGAUUGGUGCAAGCACUAGCAAAUGUAAUGCCUGAAGCAGAAAAUAGAUUUUGCUUGAGGCAUCUUUACGAGAACUUCAGGCUGCAUCACAAAGGACUAGAACUUAAAAUUUUGGUUUGGAAGGCUGCCAUGGCCACUAGGGUAUGUGAUUUUGACUUGGCAAUGGAAGAGCUUAAGGCAGUUGAUGGAAAAGCUUAUGAUUGGUUGUCCCAGAGGCCACUGGUGCAAUGGAGCAAGUCCCACUUCAGGACAGGAUCAAAAUGCGACGCUUCCUUGAAUAACUGGUGUGAAAGUUUCAACAAGAGCAUCAUUGACGCUAGGGACAAGCCUAUAAUCACAUUGCAUGAAGCUAUAAGAAUGCAACUCAUGGAGAGGAUUCAUAAGCAAAGGGAUGGAUUGGCUAAGUACUCUGGUGUGAUUUGUCCUAAGAUCCAAGAGAUAUUGGAUCUUCAAAAAAAGUAUUCAGCAUCAUGGAUUCCUACAUGGAAUGGGGAGAAUGAGUUUGAAUUGAGUGGGCCAUAUGGAGACAAAAGAGUUGUUAACAUCAGACACAGAACUUGUAGCUGUAGAAGAUGGGACAUUAGUAGAAUCCCUUGUUGUCAUGCUUUGUGGCGGUUGUUGUAUACCCGAGGGAACAACCGAAAAAUGGGUUCACACGUGUUUCAAGAUGGAAAAAUUUAG